AUGCCUCUACCUCCUGCCAGUGGUACUGGUAAAUAUUACGCAUUAGCGGCAAAAUCAAUUCGGUUAAUACGUCAAGGAUGUACUAAUAGGCCGUUUUUUCAUAUAUCAGUUACUCAGCGAAAGAGAUUAAAUAGCCAACCAGUUAUUGAACAGUUGGGUUCAUAUGAUCCUAUGCCAAAUAUAAAUAAUGAGAAAUUGGUUGCUUUGAAUUUAGAAAGGCUAAAAUUCUGGCUAGGACAGGGAGCACAUGUAACAUCUCCAGUAGCCGAGUUGUUGGGUCUAACUGGCUUCUUCCCAAUUCAUCCAAAAUCAUAUAUGACAGCUUGGAGAAACAGACAAGCGGAACUAGACAGACUAACAAGUGAAAAAGAAGCAGCAAAGAGUACUGCAUAA